AAUUUAUUGAACAUCUAGCAGGUCUUUCUCUCUUUAUCUUGAGUUUGCUUUUAUUAUUUUCUUUUGAAAAAAUGCUUUCAUCUUCUGUUUUUGAUGGGAUUAUGUGGUGGCUGUUUUUCGGACUUCCGGUGUUGUGGCUCCUUCCGGUCACCUGCAAUUGGGAGCUCUACAGCGUCCCCCUGCGUCGCUUUCCCUCCGCCCGGCAUCGCUUCGAAAAACUGGGCAUUCGGAUGGACAGACUCCGGUUGAAGUACUCCUCGGAGUCGUCGGAGGAACGAGGCAAUUCCAGGACCAAGUGGAAUGUGAAGAGCACGACGCUGAGCAACUACCUGGAUGCGCAGUACUUUGGACCCAUUACAAUUGGAACGCCGCCGCAGACCUUUCAGGUGAUAUUCGACACGGGAUCCUCGAAUCUGUGGGUGCCGUCGGCCACCUGCUCCUCCACCAUGGUGGCCUGCCGAGUUCACAGUCGCUACUACGCCCGGAGGUCCAGGAGCUAUCGACCGAUCGGGGAUCACUUUGUCAUCCACUAUGGCAGUGGCAGCCUGGCCGGAUUCCUCUCGACGGACACUGUCCGGGUGGCAGGGCUGGAGAUCGAAGAUCAGGUGUUUGCCGAGGCUACGAAUAUGCCGGGACCCAUCUUUUUGGCCGCCAAGUUCGAUGGAAUCUUCGGCCUGGCCUAUAGGAGCAUCUCCAUGCAGCGGAUCAAGCCGCCCUUUUACGCCAUGAUAGAGCAAGGACUCCUUCCGAGAGCCGUUUUUAGUGUCUACCUGAACAGGCAUCUGGGCAAUCAGGAGGAGGGUGGAGUCCUCUUCUUCGGUGGCUCCAAUCCGGAGUACUACCGCGGAAACUUCACCUACGUCCCGGUGAGUCGUCGCGCCUACUGGCAGGUGAAAAUGGAUGCGGCCACCAUCCGGAAGCUGGAACUGUGCCAGAACGGAUGUGAGGUUAUCAUCGACACUGGCACAUCCUUUCUGGCCCUUCCUUACGAUCAAGCCAUCUUAAUAAACAAAUCCAUCGGAGGAAGGCCUUCGGCUUAUGGACAGUUUUCGGUACCGUGCGAUCAGGUCUCCGACCUGCCCAGAAUCACAUUCACCAUGGGAGGCCGUGCCUUCUUCCUGGAGGGCCACGAGUAUGUCUUUCGGGAUAUUUUCAAGGAUCAAAGAAUCUGCUCAUCGGCCUUUGUGGCCGUGGACCUGCCCUCCCCCCAAGGCCCUCUAUGGAUACUGGGCGACGUCUUCCUGGGCAAGUACUAUACGGAGUUUGACAUGGAAAGGCAUCGCAUUGGCUUCGCAGAUUCCAGGGGCUAGGGAAGCGGAGGAGCUGGAGGAAUCAUGUCUACUGUUUGAUGUUCGCCUUGUUAUUUCAGCGACUGGUUGCCAUAACACGUGGAGAAAGGCGGCAAACAAAAAUAAAAACAAAUUGUAAGAUUUCACAUCGUUGGUUUAAGGAUACUCUCUGAAAAAAGUUGGCUUGGCUUAUAUUCUUUCAUGACAUUCUCGUUGUUAUAUGUUUUAAUGCCAAUCCAAAUAAAUCUUAAUUUAGUCAAAAAUU